AAGUUUUCAAUGAACAUUUAAGUGUCAUAACAAAAACAUUUUUUUUGUUAUCAACUUAUUGUGAUUGUUCAUAUUUUUUUUAACUAAAAAAUAAUAAAAAAAAAGUUAUUCCAAAAACUAUGGAACAAAUAGAGUACACACGAACGGUGGUACCAUCUUCAAUGCGAAGCCCUUAUUGGAAAUAUUUUGGUUUCCCCUCAGACAGUGGUAACAAUAUACUUACGCGGCAAAAAAUUGUUUGUACUAUUUGCAAUACUGCCAUUGCUUACAACAAGAAUACCUCCAACUUGAGGACACAUUUAAUGUCCAAACAUGUUGAAAUAUUUCAAAAAAUUGUAACAGCAUCGAGUGACUUGGUUCCAAAACAGGAUUUAAAUGCUGAAGAACAAAUAACUAUGACCAAAGAAAGAGUGAUAAUUUGUGAUCCAAAAAAUGUUAAUAGUAAUAGUGUAAAUAAUAGUGCUAACAUCAAAAGACGGCGCAGUGGGGAAACGGGAAAUUUUGUUGAAACAUUUUUAACGAUACCCGAAUAUUGUUCCAAUAUGGAAACUCGUGCAUGUAAUAUUCAGAGUGAAAAUAAUUCUAAUUCUAUGAUAAGUAAAGUGGUAGAUGUGGAAAUACAAAGUACAGAUUACAUUACUUUUGCUCCAGCAAAUGGAGAGGAAGCAGCAGAAGCCGCCGAAGACAGUUUGGCAAAUGCUGAAAAUGUGAAUGUGACUAAAAAUGAGGAAAUAUUUACAUACACUGAUGUUGAACUACAUGACCAGCAAGAACAACAGCUGCACUCCAUGGAUAUAAUGCUAGCAGAUAUGGUACAAGCAGAUCUUUUGCCGUUGGACACAUUAGAGAACAAUGGUUUUUGUAAAUACAAUCAGCAGUUGACUGGUGUGAAGCUUGAUCAUGACACCGUUAAGCGUGUAAUGGAAGUUAUAGAAAUGCGUUUUGUAAACACCAAUCAAGUAGUCACUGCUCAUGUGGUUCGUAUAUCACAAAUUCAACCAUAUUCUUUAAGUGUAGAAACUUACCAGGACAAUGAUGGCCAGAACGUCCUACAUAUAUAUUUUAACUAUAUAAGUGACAGCCAGAUGGAUUUAAUCAGCAUUCUAUAUAUAAGCAGCACAAUUUGCACCAAACCUAUCAAUAUCUCCGACCUUUUAAUAGAUCUAGAUCUUAAAAAUUGUUGCGGUGUGGUGGUACCCUGCUUAGAUAAUGUUAAUGAUUGUCUUUUAGAGUUUACAAAAUGUCUGGAUUUGCCAUUAAUAGAAUGUUUAGAAUCUAUGCUAACAAGUUGUUUGCACAAAAUUUUUGAACAAAGCGAUUUUUCGGAGGACUACCAAACAUUUUUAAAGCAAAUGCUUGAAAAUGCAAGUCAAACCCAACAAAUGAAGUCCUUUCUUCGACCACGAUGUCAUUGGAAUAGAUUGAAUUUUUUGGACCAUAUAUUUAAGAAUAAACAAUUUGAAAAAUGGGCCGAAUUUAGGGAAUCUUUUGAAUACCUUAAACCAUUAAAGAUGGCAUUGGAUAUAAUUACGGACGAACAUUUGCCUUUGUGUACACUAGUGCGUCCGUUGAUUAUAAAAUUGUUUGAAGAACAUUUUAGUUCCAUAAAUCAUGAAGAAUCUGUAAAAAUAUUUAAGAUACAGAAGAUAUUGGAAAAAGAGUUAUAUGAAAGAGUAAUGGUACAAAGUUUUCUUAAUGAAGCCACAUUUUUUGACACGAGAUUUCAUCGUGACUUUGCUCUUCAGGAAUCAAGCUUCGACAUAACCAAUAUUAAAUCUCAAGUACACAAACGUUUUAAACAUAUUUUACAAGUUUUCUAUAUAAAUAAGACACAAAAUGUUAAGACUGAACAGAAUUCCACCGAUUCUUCGAUAAGCGCUCGGAAAUGUAGUAGUUUAAAGUCAUUUUUUAAACGUGACGUUACGUUCACAAAUACCGAUAUUAAUGCAGAUUUAAAAACAAACUUAGAUUUGGAGUUUGAACAAUAUCAAACAGAGCAGUGUUUGGAUUUAGACCAAUCACCUGCUUUAUGGUGGCAUCAGAAAUCUGAUAACUACAAAGAGUUAUCGAAAGUGGCUAAACGAUAUUUGACAAUACCCUGUUGUUGCCUGCCGCGUUUGUGUCGCGUAGAUAUGGAACAAAGGUAUUUUAAACUGGAUCGUCGGAAAAACUUAAGUCAGUUUUGCAAUGUUGAAAGUAAAUUAUGGUACUUGUACUACAAUGAUGCUGUUGCAGAACUGAUAUAAACAUACAUACAUAUAUUCUUCUUCAUUAAAAAUUUGCUUUUAUUUUAAAUAUUUUUUUUGUUAAUAUAGUAUUUAUGUUAUUUUAAUAAUAUAAUUAUCGUAAUUUAAUGAUUUUAAUUUUAUUUAUCUUUAAAUAUAAGUUAAAUAAAUUACAAAUACUCACUAGUAAAACAUAUAAA